GAGGGGGGGAGCUCUUACCUCCCCCGCAGGUCCUUCGCCGUCUGCUCAAUCAUUAGCGAACACACUCCACUUAGGCGCCACCAGCAAAUGACGUAUCCCGCCCCCCCUAAGCUCCCUCCCUCGCUGAUUCUUGGCAACUACGCGCGUAACCCAUAAAGCACCAUCGCCUUCUUCUCAGUUGCUAUCCCCCGUUAAAAGCUACAUAACCAAGCAACUUCCCCUAAACAGAGCCGUUUCAUACCCCAUCCACCAAAGAAUACACAUCACCCACAGCUUUACAUCGACUAGAGAACCCUCACACCACCACUCAACCCUUCACCAUCUUCACAAUGUCUUCUACCACUGUGAACGUUAAGAACAUCGCCGGUAGCACCGACGACAAGGAGAUCCGUGACUUCUUCAGCUUCUGCGGCAAGAUUACCAGUCUCGACGUCAAGGCUGAGGGCGAGACCAAGUCCGCAAGCGUCACCUUUGAGAAGGAGACAGCCGCCAAGACUGCUCUCCUCCUGAACAACACCCAGCUCGGCUCCAACCACAUCACCGUCGAGUCUGCGGGCGGCUCGUCCCCUAUCGAUGCUGAGCACCCCACCACUAACGCUGACCGGGACACGGACGAGAUCACGCAAGAGGAGAAGCCCCGCGCAAGAAUUGUCGCCGAGUACCUCGCCCACGGCUACGUUGUCGGUGAUGCCGCCAUCCAGCGGGCCAUCGAGCUCGACCACACCCACGGCGUCUCGACCCGGUUCAUGAACACUCUGACCGGCCUCGACAAGAAGUACCACGCCACCGACCGGGCAGUGACCGCCGAUCAGAGCUAUGGCAUUACCCAGCGGGCGAACACCCUUUGGUCUGGCCUAAACUCGUACUUUGAGAAGGCUACCAACACUCCCACCGGCAAGAAGCUGGUCGACUUCUACACCCAAGGCCAGAAGCAGGUCACAGACAUUCACACGGAGGCGCGCCGUCUUGCCGACCUCAAGAAGAACGAGCACGGUGGUUCUGCGUACAAGGCUGCCGGUCUGGAGCGUGUGUUUGGCGCCGAGAAGCCCAAGAGCGAGCCUCCGUCCUCUGGCCCUGGCGCCCCCGCCGCACCUGGCGCCGCCACCACGACCGAGACAACCCAGCCCGUCAAGCCUGCCGAGGGCGGCCUAGGCACCCAGGAGUCCGCUACAAUCCCCCAGCCCGAGAAAUCCGGUUAGGACAGCGAUGAGGCCGCUUAGCAAGAAGCUCUUGGCGAGGGAGUAGUGAGAUUCCAUCGGACGAGUCAGCGAUAUCCAGUGGUACAGGAGCUGGAAGGAUUGCAUGCGACGUUAUGACACUGCACGACACGACCCCUUUUUAGAAUGAAGGUCCUGACACAUGAAUACCCCAACCCGUUAGUGUUUUUGCAAUGAUUGUUCACGAAGGCGAAAUAGCAGAUAGUUCCUAAAUUCAUCUUCACAUCCUUUUCAUUGUAAUCAUGUGUAGUGCGGAAUCACACGGUGACAGCUAUAUCUACAAUGUCGGAAUCUAUUGACUGACCUAAUUAAAGCCGGGCCUCCACAAGCAAUGAAUAAUGCGCGUGUCGUCCUUUCCUCAAAAACUGCACCUCACAGUGUUUUAUUACGUAUUGAAAAUGUCGAGGACCAAUUUCUUGGGCCAAGAUAAGUAAGGUGUCUUGUGCUGGCUAUGGCUCCCGCUCCAGUAUUCCGUCUCGAGAUCCGGGAUCUGCGCCAGUGGUAUAUGAGUAACCAUUCAAGAAUAUAAGACAGGUGUCAGCAUGUCGUUUUUAUAGUCCACGUGUGACAGAAUGCCCAAAGUCCGGGUUGACACGCGAUUCUGUCAGACCAGUACCGACAAUUAUGGCAAAGAAUCCCAGUCGUCACCGGAACCACCAGUUCACAGACCCAUUCAGCUGCCCGUCGUCAGACCGACUCCUCACACUAUGCCACCAACCCUUGGGGAUGAACAGCGCAUCGCCGGGGCCCAGCUCCGCCUCCCGCAGCGGCGCCGCGGGGGCCGUCCAGACGGCCUGGUGAAGCAGCUCCCUCUCACGCCCCUGCAUCAUCUCCUCGCCCCUGAUGCGCGAGCUGCCGCUCGUGCGGCCCAGCGCCGUCUGCACCUCGCGGAACACGGCGCGCCCCUCGUGCGGCGGGAGCAGGCGGACGGUCUUGGAGCUGCGCAGCUGCACGAACAGGUUCGGGUUCGGGUCCCGGUGCAGCGGCGUGUAUGUCGGCUCCAGCCCCAGCCAGACCGACGAGGCGUAUAUGUCGCCGUUGCCGGCCUCCCUCACGAGGCGCGGCGUGGGGAGGUCCUCUGAUAGCUCCCGGGGCAGGUCGGCCAGGGAGCACUGGGCUAUGUAGAGCUGCCGCAGGCGGGAGGAUCCUUUCCUCUGGGCGUUGUGCCUCAGCGCGGCGAUGAGUAGCGCCAGGGGCGCAUGGAAGCGCAGGAGCUGCUGGUAUCGGUUGGGGUCGAGAAAGGGACGUCCGAGCCCGGGGGGUGCCUCCGUGAUCUUUUGCCUCAGAAUGCUGGCGAGAUGUUGCUCGAGUCUCGCUUCCGCGGUGUCCGCCCUGCCGGACUGGACGCUGCCGGACUGGAGGAAACUCAUGAACUGGCCGACAAGCUCGUUGCCGCCCUCACGCUUUUGCGGGUACAUGAGCUCGUAGGGCAAAUAAGCCAUGGCGAAGUCCUGGAAAUAAGAAGAUACCGUGUCUGCCGCGGGUGAUCCCUGACCGUCGGACACGGGCUGGAACCACUUCUCCAUUGCGGGCAUGCUGGCAGUGGCAGGUCCAUCGUGUGAGGCUUUCAGCAGCAGAGGCACGCCGGCGUCGAAGGCCAGCUCCCUGAAUCGCGCCACCUCGAUGCUCUCGUGAGGAGUGUCUACACUCGUGACGUGCUGGACGAGCGGUUUGCUGCUAUAGCCACGGGCCAGGCCGACCCUCAGCAAGUUGGCCUGAGGGCCCCUCAAGCUUCUGCUGAAUAUCAUCGUCAUCCGUACUUCUGUUCUGAGAGCGCGCCAGCACGGGUGAGGCAGUAGUCAGCCAUCUAUUUGAUGCAUACAUAGGCUUUUAUGCUUGCAUUUCUAACAUUAUAAAUCGAGAUCGCAGUUCAGGUAAUGACCGACAUAAUCGCUGAGCGACUCAAGGUGAUCAAAGUUGCAGACCGUCGUCCACGAGUUGAGCAUGCGGGAUGCUUUGAAG